CUAAAACAAGAACGCUAUUUUGUCUGUCAUUCAUCACACGACUCUACUCGGAGACAUUUCCGCAAACAGAUGGUGCUCGCUCCGAACUAAAACCAGCCCUAAAGUGAGAGUCUACCUUGUUUUUUCUCCGAUUCGAAGGAGGAAAAAAGAACUAAAAAAGGAGAUCCCAUAGCUGAGUGAUGCGAGAGCGAUAGAAAGAUGGAAGGAGUUGAGAUGGAACUAGAGAGAAGAAGCAAGUUCUUGAACAGUUUGAUACAACAAAAGAAGAAGGCUAAAGAGCAGCACGACCUCAAAGAAGAGUUCAAUGUCCGUGUUCGAGCUUCAGAUAUGCCUCUCCCUGUUCAGAACAGGGCUUUCAGUUUGUCCCGUGAGAUAUUGAAUGCCACGCCUGGUAAAGCCGACAACAAAAGACUCGCUCUUGCCCUAAAAAAGGACUUUGAUUCUGCAUAUGGUCCUGCGUGGCACUGCAUCGUUGGGACCAGCUUUGGUUCGUACGUCACUCAUUCCAUCGGAGGGUUCAUAUAUUUCCAGAUCGACAAGGUUUAUGUUCUUCUAUUCAAGACUGCUGUGGAACCCCUAGAUCACCAAUGAGAAAAAGUUCAUCCAAUCUUUUUUUUUUUAAUUUUUAAAGACCAUCUUGAAUUACUCCUUCCCUUUCGAUUCCUCAGUCCUGUAUUCACACUAUUUAUCUCGAGUUCAAUGUGUUAAAUUGUUAAUCUCCCAAAGACAAA